AUGAUGAUGCCAAGCAGCAAAGGACGGGAAGGAGACGCCGACGAUAUUGAAUCUGUAUCUGAUGGUAGCGAUGGCACGACGACGAUUCCAAGCGGCGACCGAAAGAGUGUGGGAGCUUUUGCCUUGUCGGAGAGAGAUACAAACACCACCUCAGCGGGGUGGAUGGAGGAUCCAUGGGGGGCAACUAAAUUCUUGCGGAAACCUCAAUGGCGACAGUUUAUAUUCUAG